AUGGUCAAGGAUCUGGUGGUCAAGUGCAGAGGUCUGCCCUACUCCUGUACUGAGGCUCAGUUAAGGAAAUUUUUCGGAGAUUCCGGUAUCAGCAAACUGGAUCUUAUCAUGCGAGAUGGCAAGGCUUCUGGUGAUGCAUUUGUGCACUUUAGCAAUGAAGAUGAUUACAAACGUGCAUUGAAAAAGGAUAGGGAACAUAUGGGCCAUAGAUAUGUUGAAGUGAUGCCGGCUGAUGAUGACGGUCCGAGAUCAAGCGGUAGAGACCGUGACAGGGGAAGGGACCGCGAUCGUGACCGCCGUGAUCGUGGCGGCUAUAGUAGCUACGGACGCGGUAGCUCGCGUGGUAUGGGCGCUUAUGGUGGAAAUGGAGAAGGUGUUGUACGCCUCCGUGGGCUUCCAUAUGGAGCGCGUGAGCGCGAUAUUUACGACUUCUUCGCGCCUUUGCAGAUUGUUCCGGAAGGCAUCCUUCUGCCGGAUGAACGUAUAGCAGCUAAAACUAAUGGCGAGGCCUUUGUUGUUUUCGUAGAUCAAGAGACUGCUGAUCGCGCAUUAAUGCGUCACAUGAAGAACAUGCAGCACAGAUACAUCGAGGUGUUUUCGGCGUCGUACGGCGAGAUGGUGCAGUUCUGUGAUGACCACCGUCUGCGCGUGCCGCGUGGUAACGGGGGAGGCUACGGUGGUAUGGCUCGUGGCGGCUUUGACGACAACUAUGGUGGAUUCGGCGGCGGGUUCUUCGGUCGGUCAGGUGAUCGCGGGGCGGCAGUCGGUCCAUGGGAUGAUGGGCGCAGUGCUGCAUUUGGCGCUGCACCUGUGGCGGCAGAUCCAUAUUCAGGAACUUACAAUAGUUCAUGGACAGCAGCACGCCCGGUUUCUCCCCCUCGUCUUGGCGCUGCUUCGUAUGGAGAUAGCUUCAGCAGGGGAGGUCUUUCUGACCCGUACGGUCGAGCUGUACCUGCAUCGGAUCCUUAUGGACGUCCCGCAGCAGAUGAUUCUUAUUUGCGUGGGUCAAGACGUUCAGAUGACUUAUAUGGACGCAGGUCCGAUCCGUAUGACAGCUUUCCUCGCUCGGCGACCGACACGUGGCGUGAUGACCGCGCAGCGGCUGCUCCGGCGGUCCCCGCUGUUGGAUACAGUGAUUCAUGGCAAGACUAUGGUUACUCUAGCUCUGGGGGAGGACCGAUGCGUGUACGCGAUCAGUGGCGCGAUGAUUCCCGCGGACCGGCUGCUGCACCACGUGGACGCGAACGACCUGGACAGAAGUACAUGCUCAAGAUGAGAGGGGUACCGUUCCGCGCUAUCGAGGCGGACAUUUACGACUUCUUUGAACCAAUCCGUCCAACUUAUGUUGAAAUAAUUCACGAAGCAAGUGGACGUCCGUCGGGUGAAGCUCGUGUUGAGUUCUCGAGCAGGAAGGAUUAUGACGAGGCUUUGUUGAAGGACAAGCAGUUUAUGGGACCGCGCUAUGUGGAACUGUUCCCUGAUUCCGGAAGGCAAUACUGA